AUGGCAGCUAAGGAAAAGGAUGAAAUCUUGGAGAGACAGUCGCAGGAACGUAUGCCUGUGAUGCCCGAGGUCACGGUGCAAGAGCGUAUGGCUGUGAUGCCUGAGGUCAAGGUGCAGAAGGCCGUGGCGAUAAAUGGCAGGACAUCCAGCGGAAUAAUUCUGACGCGGAGGACAGGUUCGGCGAUGACAACACCUAUGACCACACCUAUGACGACGACGACUUCAGGCGUAGAGGACUCAACGCCAGUCAUUUCCACACCUGAGCCUGCUGCGAAUAACCACCAAGCUAACGAAGGAAAGUACUGUGAUUUCUGUUCAGAAUAUGGUCACGAUACAUUCGAUUGUGCGUCUUAUAAAGCGAGAAGGCAGGUCAAAAUCAAAAUGACAUAA